UUUCAGAAGUAUAUAGAAGCAAAUGUUGACAGCUUAUUUAACUACGCAAAUUUCGUUGAUGUGGGAAUGAAGGCUGAUUUUCGGUUGCUUAAAAGCUAGAACUGAAGAAAGUUCUGAAAUGUUUUAUGAAGAUAUUCAUUUGGAACCAACACUACUUUCAUUAGUUUUUGGUCUUAUUUCUAUUAUAGUGACUGUCGCAGUUUUAUGCUGGAGGAAAUAUGUUAAAAAAAAGAAGCUGGAAGUUAAUUAUGACUUGGAACCUUGUGAACCUGAUAUAGAACUGAUGUAUAUUCAUUUGUCAGCUAUGAGAAGCUUCCAACGACAAGCUGCAGAACAGUGUUUUAUGUUACUCCAAAAGCACCCUGAAGCUGUGAACCAUGCCUUGCCUCCAUUCUAUUAUACACCCUUCUUGCGGGCUUGUAAUGCUGGGUGUUUUGAGCUUGUCAAGUUUAUGCUGACCAUUGGAGCGGAUAUCAACUGCUGCACAUCUGAGGGUGAUUCACCCAUGUAUCUGGCAGUGUAUGGUUUGUCCAAGAAACGUGGUGUUUGGAAUCCAAGCAUUCUUAACUUGCUGUACAAGCAUGGAUGCACUGUUAAUUGUGUGAAACAACAUGGAUACACUCCACUUCAUGUUGCGGCACGAGCUGGACAUGUCAACCUUACAAGAUGGCUUUUGGUGCAUGGUGCUGACCCUGAAAGCAAAACUGAGAGAGGGCACAGGCCUGUGGAUUUUGCUAAAUUGCAAGGUCAUCGUGAAGUGAUGGCACUACUUACUGUUAACACAGAGGAGCCACAAUGCCAAGACUGGUACUGCACUCCAACUUGUAAAUGUGAUUGUCAUGUGACAUAGAAGACUGGAUAUGAACACAGAUGCAAAAAGAAAUUUACACAUUAUUUCAACUAAAUCACAGUAAAGGGAUAAAAGGAAUGUGCUCAGUUUAUUUCGCUAGCAUCAUAUAAAAGAAAAUUAUAUACACUGGUAAUGAGUGAGUUUAUUAAUAAUGUUUAGGAAUUCUUCCAUUCUCAGAAAAUUUGUUGGUGUUUU